CCUUCGGAAGUUUUUAUUUGCACUCGAUAAGAUAUUGAUAAUUGUUACCGGAGGUAGAAUGUAAUGACCAGUCGGCUCCCAGCACUCGGUCUAUUGACACGCUGAAUACUAUUUGUUUACGAUUUAACUCUGUUACUGGGGAAGUGAAGUGUAAUCGACAUAUUUAGUGCGUCUCCCUUAAAUUAUGGAUAAUUCCGAUGAAAUAAACGAUAGAUUACAAACUUUAAUUCCUAGUGAAGUAAGAACUAGAAAUGAUUCUCGUGAGAUGACUUCGUCUAUAGAGACAAUAGUGUUUGAUAGUAAUUUAAUGAAGACGUCGACGCAAGCCGAAGAUCUAGCCGCCACGUGGGGUGGACGGUGUUCUUUGCCUGAUUCGGGGAGAAUGCGCAGAGCUCACUCCUGGUCAGGGGGACCGGCUGACGAUAGUACCUCUGAAAUAAGAAUCUUAAGGGAAAGGUUAGUACGAACUCAAACGCGUCCUCGGCCAAGCGCUGUGCGGCAUCUCUCUCGUCGUCAGCGGCUGACGCUGGCAUCUUUAGCGCUGGUAGACUUUAUGAGCUUCUGUUCUAUGAGCAUCAUGGCGCCGUUCUUCCCGCGCGAGGCCAACGCCAAAGGACUGUCAGAUACCAUGUGCGGAAUGGUGUUUAGCUUCUACGCUGUUGUUAUGUUCCUAACCUCGCCGCUGUUCGGGAAAUUCCUGCCUGCGAUGGGCGCUAAGUUUAUGUUCAUCGCUGGAAUGUUUGUUGCCGGCGCUUGCAAUGUUCUAUUUGGGACCUUAGUAAUGGUGCAAGAUUCGUUAACAUUUACAAUCCUGUGCUUCGUGGUGCGUGGCAUGGAGGCGCUUGGAGCUAGUGCCUACUCCACCGCCAGCUAUGUAUUCGUUGUCAACGCAUUCCCUGACAGUAUUGGCACUGUGCUCGGAAUACUAGAGACAUUCGUCGGUCUCGGCAUGUCCGUUGGCCCAGCGAUAGGUGGACUUUUGUAUUCGAUCGGGGGAUUUGGUGUUCCAUUCUACAGUCUUGGAGUGGUGAUGGUGCUUAGCGUACCGAUCAACUUCUUCUUACUCUCCGACUGUGAAGAAUACGUCUCCGGUUCUAAAACAGCAUCUAUUCUACGUUUAUUCAAGAUACCGUCGAUCAUAAUAACUGGUCUGGUCAUCGUCAUCGUGUCUAACACAUGGGCGUUUUUAGACCCGACAUUGGAGCCACAUUUAAGACAGUUCGGUCUCUCCACUGAACAAAUAGGAUUGAUCUUUUUAUUAUUCUCCAGUCUUUAUGGAAUCUUUAGUCCGAUAUGGGGAUGGGUGGCUGACAGAGUGCAUAAUCAUUGGUGUAUGAUGGUGUGGGGAUUAUUUCUAUCUACAAUCGGACUAUUACUUCUCGGCCCUUGUCCGUUUAUACCUGGCUUAUCUCGUGACCUGUGGCUAGACCUCGUAGCGCUUUCCAUAUUGGGCAUAUCUGUGGCUUUGACAUUGCUGCCAACAUUUCAAGGAGUGCUGACAAGUUCCAUUUUCGAAGGUGGGUGCCCGGAGGCGCUGGCUACGUACAGUGCGGUGGCGGGCGUAUGGUCAUGCUGUUAUUCGCUGGGCGAGGUGCUGGGCCCAGCGGUGGGCGGUGCACUAGCUCAGCGGUAUGGCUUCCCACUCUGCGCCACAUUGUGCGCUGCUGCGUGCUUUGUAAUGGCGUUAGUGACACUAACAUUCUUCUCGCUAAGAGAAUCGUCUAAGUGGUUAGAAGUAGAAUCAUUGGGGGAUUCUGUGCACACGGACAGCACUUGGCACAGCAACUUCUGCACCCGCAGCGCCCCCUACACGCGCACGAGGGAGAACUCCCCGCUCAUAUCACCAUGCUCAUGUAGUGUGAAAAACGGUUACGGGUCAUCAGGGUACGGUACUUCGUAUCCUCGACCAGUCUGUUUAAACCAUAUAAAACAGAAAAAGAGUGGUUGGGCAAGUGCAAAAGAAGUAACCACAUAUUUCCUUAAAUUCCAAUACCUGACUAACGCUUACAUAAAAAUACGAAGACUACGUAAACGUAAAAAUCAUGUAAACAGUGAUGAAUUAUAUCAAAAUUAUUUAGGAAACGAUGAAAAUGAUAAUACACAAGAUAAAAUAAUAAGAAAUGGCAAUUCAGCUAUUAAUAUAAAAAACAACGCAAAUCAUGAUUGUGAUCAAACAGACAGACAGGACAGUUACUGCGUAUACUUAGACAAUGCCAUUUUUGGCAGCCCCGUUGUAAUGGCGAAUGUAAAUUCAGACAAUUUAAUAGUAAAGAGAAACCACAAAGGCCUGGUGGCGAAGGUGAAGACUAUGGAAGACGACAGGAGAACAUCUGAUGAGAUAAUUAAGCAUAAUUUACAAAAAGUACACUUUUAUGAACAAAACCCAGCUUGCUCAUCACGUGAAGAUAUCUUUGAUGCAUGUGACUGCAAAGACGGCGUCACCUACGUCAGGGGAACCGUUACAGUAUCAUCUACAGGCGCUUGUGAAGUCUAAUCAUAAUUAAUUUAGAUAAACUCAAGUGAUUUUAGCUUAAAUU